GGCAGGUAUGCCUACACCUGGCUUUGGAGUGUUGGGAUUAAAGUUGUUAGCCAGUAGCUUGUCUAUCUUAUUUCUUCUUUGUAGUUAGUUCAUACAAUUUCUCUCAUAUGUACUCUGUACUGUUGUUUGGUUUACUUGUCUGUGUAUGUUUGUUAAUUGACAUUUUUCUUGCAAGGUGAUACCCCUUUCAAAGGGUACAGAAUUGACAGAGGUGAACACCCUUAUCAGUUUUCUUCUAAAGUGACUUGGUGAUUACAUUAUAACAACUAUGUAAUGGAGUAAGAUAGUGAGCACCAGAACUGUAUGAAUAUACUGUCAAAGAAUUAUACAUUUACAAUGUUGUCAGUAUCAUGCUUUCUGUUGUUCAUGUGUAUGGAAUGUUUUAGAAUGCAGUGACCUAUAAUGAUGUGCAUGUCAACUUCACUUGGGAAGAGUGGACUUUGCUGGAUCCUUCGCAGAAGAAUCUCUACAAAGAGGUGAUGAUUGAGACCUACAGGAACCUCACUAUUACAGGAUACAGUUGGGAAAAUCAUAAUAUUGAAGAACAUUUUCAAAAUUCUAGAAGACAUGUAAGGCAUGAAAGAAGUCAAACUGGAGAGAAGAAACCUUUCAUAUAUACUGAAUGUGGUAAAACCGUUGGAUAUGAGAGUCAUCUUCAAAGGCAUGAAAGUGCACCUAUGGGAAAGAAACGCUUUCAAUGUAAUCAGUGUGUUAAAGCCUUUGUACAUUGGAGUAAUCUGCAAAGGCAUAAAAGAACACAUACUGGAGAGAAACCUUAUGAAUAUAAUCAAUGUGGUAAAGCCUUUGCAUGACAGGAUAAUCUUCAAAAUCAUAAAAGAACACAUACUGGAGAGAAACCCUAUUAAGGUAAUCAGUGUGAUAAAGCCUUUGUACAACAUGGUUAUCUUCAAUGUCAUAAAAGAACACAUACUGGAGAGAAACCCUAUGAAUGUAAUCAAUGUGGUAAAGCCUUUGCAUGAUUGAGUCAUCUUCAAAGGCACACAAGAACUCAUACUGGUGAGAAGCCCUAUGAAUGUAAUCAGUGUGGUAAAGCCUUUGCACAACAUGAUCAUCUUCAAGUACAUAAAAGAACACAUACAGGACAGAAACCCUAUGAAUGUAAUCAGUGUGGUAAAGCCUUUGCACAUCAACAAACUCUUCAAAUGCAUAAAAGAAUACAUACUGGAGAUAAACUAUGAAUGUAUUCAAUGUGUUAAGGCCUAUGCUCAUCACAAUACUCUUCAAGUACAUAAAAGAAGACAUCCUGGAGAUAAACCCUAUGAAUGUAAUCAAUGUGGUAAAGUCUUUGCUCAUCACACUACUCUUCAAAUACAUACAAGAAGACAUGCUGGAGCAAAAGCCUGUGACCAUAAUUAACGUGGUAAAGCUUUUUGUCAUCACAGUCAUCUUCAAAUGCAUGAAAGAUCACAUACCAGAGAGAAACACCAUGAAUUUCAUCAAUGUAGUGAGGUCUUUUCACACACAGUACUCUUCAAAUGCAUGAAACAACACCUACUGGAGAGUAACUAUAAAUAUUGGAAAAUUAAUGUAACCCCAUUAUUAGCAGUAAGAGGGUCCAGAAGCAUCAGAGUAAAUAUCAACAUUGGCCUAGAGCCAGAGACUGAGACUUCUCAAUAAGUAACAAUAACAUCCCAGCUUGAACAGUGUGGCAAGAGCCUCACCUAUCUUCAGACCCCACGUUCAAAAGAGACACACAAUGCUUUCAAUUUUCAUAGGUGGUACUGUCCCCAUUCAUCUAGGGUUUAAGAGUGCAUCAGAUAGGUUAAGUUGAGCAUCUGUCUCAGAGAAAAGCAACUCCUACUUCUACAUCAAUCUAGUAUAAGAAAUGGCUUAAAAACUUGCAGAAAGAAGGUAACAACAGAAUAACUGUUACCCUAGAAGAUAACUCUGAGACUUUUAAUUCUUAUUCCAUAGUUUACUUCUUAGUUAAUGGGAAAUCCACCCAGAAAAGGCUCUGAACAUCUUUUGCUCAGGCAGUAUUCAGUGGGAUUAGGUAACCUUUAUUAAGUACUAGUGCCAGGUGCAAGGUUAAAUUCCAAGGCUUUGGCCAUGGACUGAUUGCCAUCACCUCCCACUUUGUGCACAAUAAAGGUUAUAUGGUACACAUAUUUUGGAUAAUAAAGUGUCCCAAGUAAACACUGCAUCUCAGCUGCUCCCUGUUUGUUGGUCCCAUGACAUGGGCAGAGAGAAUCCCACUUGGGUUGCCAGGCAGUAAUAUUGAUCACACAGUCUGUCAUAAUAGCCACAUGGCAAAUCAACCCCACCCAAUCAUGACCUCACUUUAUAUCCUCAUUUUUCUACUCCUGAAAACACAAGUCUCUCUGUGAGUUGUAUGUAUUUUUCCUUCUACCUUUAAUAUGGCUGUAGUAAACGAAGCAUUAUUUAGGCACCAUUUUUUAUCCCAGUAGAUUGUUGAACAUUAAGACAUGGUCCAUAUAAUCUACUUCUCAUAUCAGGAAAAUGGAAACAAGCCCACUCUUGUGCCCAUUAUUUACUCAGGCCUUUGUUACUUUACCCCUUUUAAAUGUUAAUAUUUUUCCACCUGAAGCUGUAUGUCUAUUAUGAAUAAAUUAAGUUUUUAAAAA